ACUAGUGGGGCUGUCGCCAGUGCUGAUUGCUGUGGUGCUGUCUCAAAGUAUUAAUUAUACAUAGUACAUCACAAAACAAGAAGAAAAAGAAAUACACUUGGUAUUAUUAUUCAAACUAAAAUGACACUUGUGAAAUUCUGUGGUUAUAAUAAUUAAACUCAAAGUUGUUCUUUAUCUGUGAAAUUAAAAAACAUAGCAGAGUGGUAACCAUUCUUGUCUUGUCAUCCCGCUCGCACUAACUGUGGCGAAAAUAGGAAUACUGAGUACUGACUGUGUUACAUAAAUCGGAAUGUGAUUCAAACUGAUUUUACGAAAAAACUAUUAUCAAUUGUGGGGUAAUAAAGUAAAUAUACAGUAUUUAUAAGUGGUGCUUGUGACGUUUUGUGUUUUAUACCAGUGUUUGGUGGUGGAAGUGUCACUGAUUAGGGAAAAUGUCAUCUAUGAAAAUGAUGAUAAGCCGCGCGGCCGCCAGUCGACUCUUAACCGGCGCUGCGAGACCUGUGGACUCGGUGGAAUUUGCAGUCUCUCGAAACAGGAACAUUUUCAUCACUGUAAGGACAAUGUCGAAGGCACUGACAGUAGAUAACAUCAACCCAAAUAUUUUAAAACUGGAAUAUGCCGUCCGAGGGCCCCUGGUCAUCAGGGCGACAGAAAUCAUGAAGGAACUAGAGAAGGGGGUACAGAAGCCAUUCAAAAAGGUGAUCCGAGCCAACAUCGGGGAUGCACACGCCAUGGGACAGCGCCCUAUCACUUUUAUCAGACAGGUGCUGGCGUGUGUAUCUUACCCCGAGCUGAUCGACAAGGGUGAUUUCCCGGAGGACGUAAAACAACGGUCCAAGGAAAUUCUGGAUGCGUGCGGGGGCCAGUCGGUGGGCUCGUACUCCGCGUCGCACGGCAUCGAGCUGAUCCGGCGCCACGUGGCGGAGUACAUCGAGCGCCGCGACGGGCACCCGGCCGACUGGAACAACGUGUGCCUCUCGUCGGGCGCGUCCACGGCCAUCAAGAGCGUGCUGCAGCUGUUCUGCAACGACCUCGGCGGCAAGCCGUCCGGCGUGAUGGUGCCGAUCCCGCAGUACCCGCUGUACUCGGCGUCGCUGGCGGAGUACGGGCUGCAGCUCGUGAGCUACUACCUGGACGAGGCCAGCAACUGGGGGCUCAGCGUGGCCGAGCUGGAGCGCGCGCUCGCCGACGCACAGCGCGCGGCCCACGUGCGCGCGCUCGUCGUCAUCAACCCCGGCAACCCCACGGGACAGGUUCUGACGCGAGACAACAUCGAGACCAUCAUCAAGUUCGCGCACAAGCACGGGCUGUUCAUCUUCGCGGACGAGGUGUACCAGGACAACGUGUACGCCGAGGGCAGCAAGUUCUACUCCUUCAAGAAGGUGAUGUCGGAGAUGGGCGGCCCGUACGCCGCGGUGGAGCUGGCGUCGUUCAUGUCGGUCAGCAAGGGCUACAUGGGCGAGUGCGGGCUGCGCGGCGGCUGGAUGGAGCUCGUGAACAUGGAGCCCGCCGUGCAGGCCAACCUGUACAAGUGCAUCUCCGCCAUGCUGUGCCCGUCCGUGCUCGGACAGACCGCGGUGGACUGCGUCGCCAAGCCGCCCGCUCCGGGUGAGCCGUCGUACCCGCUGUGGCUGGAGGAGAAGACGGCGGUGCUGGCCUCGCUGGACAAGCGCGCCAAGAUGAUCGCAGACACCUUCAACCAGAUGGAGGGCUUCCAGUGCAACACUGUUCAGGGCGCCAUGUACGCGUUCCCGCAGAUCUGGCUGCCGCGCGCGGCGCUGGCGGCGGCGGCGCGCGCGGGGCAGGCGCCCGACGUGUUCUACGCAGCGCGCCUGCUGGAGCACACCGGCAUCAGCAUCGUGCCGGGCAGCGGCUUCGGGCAGCGGGCCGGCACGCACCACUUCCGCACCACCAUCCUGCCGCAGCCGGCGCUGCUCCGGGAGAUGCUGGACAGCUUCAAGGCCUUCCACUCGCACUUCACCGAGGAGUUCUCGUAACGCGCAUCCGCGACCGACACUUCACACUUACUAUGAUGUGCGGAUGAGAAUAAGGGUUCAUUUGGCAUGACUUCCCGACCUUGACGAGUAUUUAACCUAGAUAUAUUUUCAUUGUAAACACGGUUUUAAUCCAUGCUCAACUGUGAUCGUUAGCAGCGGUCAACUAAAUACUCCUUGAACCAUUCUAAGGAGUUUCAAAAGGGUUGCGUUCAUGGCAACUCCGGCCGAGGUGCUACGACCUCCUAUAUAGUACCAUGUUAUUGACCACAGACUGCCCGAAAUUUCCUCUCGAUCGGGAAAAGGUUAUUAAUAAAAAAAGGUGAUUAAUAAAAGAAUAAAAAUUCUAAUUAUAAUUUACCAGUUGACCCUAAAUGAAAUUCUUAAAAUGUAAUUUAUGGUGAGAACAUAAAUAAUUAUUGUCGUCCCCCAUAAAGAAGAUAAUAAUAAUAAAUCUUCAAAAUUGGGUAUCAAACAUAAAUUUCAAUGCAGCCUCACAGGAAGAGUUUUCAUACCAAAAAAACCACUUUUGAGAAAUAAUAUAAUAAAAACUGGAAAAGCUAAAGAAGUCACGUGUAAAUCCUAUUCUCAUUUGAAACACCGUAACAGUAGCUUUCAAGUACUUUUAAAAAUACCAUGUUGAUAUGUCCAUGAAAAUGUUUGCAAAUAUUAGUAUGUUAAGUUGAUCGCACAUAAAAUGCCGAUGCUAGUAAACAUAGGCUAAAUCCGUAAAUUACGUCUCACGUUAAGGGGGUGGGAGGGGAAGGGAAGGGGAUAUCCUAAAUUUCAUGACGUCACAUUUCAAUUCUGUUAUAACCUAAGUGUUAAACUAAUAUCAGAACUGCUAUUUUAAUUUAAUAAUUAACCCCACACUAGGGAGGGGGAGUCCAAUAAAGGUCAUAAAAUCAUGAAGUUCGCGUGACGUAAUUUAUGGAUGGCCCCAUACUAUAGUUUUCUAAAUUACAUUCACUUAUGCACAUAGACAAAAUAAUGACUUGUCAUUUAAUGGCCUCUUUAAUAUGCAAUCAACUUAAUAAAGCAUUUAAUGUCAGUACCGUGUAAUGUCAAAAUAACUGUACUAUGAGAUUUUAGGUAAGUUUAUUUGAUUCAUAGACAGCAUUGGUACAGUUUCGUAAUAAGUAAGAGAUUAAGUUCGUGAUAAAGUCAAAUGAAAUUUGUGUUGUCCUUGUUUAACUAAAUCAGUGAGAUUGGUUUUGAGAAUUGUUUCUAAACUGCCUGUAAUCUUUAUUUGUUUAUUAUUUUUCAAUUUAUAUUAAUUCCACUGCCUUUAUUGUAUAUUCGAAAAUGACCAGAACAGAAGUUCAGAACUUCAAUCGAACUUGAAGAAAAAAAUCCAAUAUUUAUUACCGUAACAGUUACCAAUAUAUUUAACCAUUAUUUAACGAAGAAAAUACAAUAUGUUUGAGACAGUUUCAUCGACUUAGUGAUGAAUUUGCUCAUCUAAAUGAUGUCAGGUAAAACUAGUCUCAGGCGUGCCAUUUCAUUUGAUUCGCACAAAUCUGCGCGUAUUAUUUAUAUUUUUUGUUUAUAUUUAUUAAAAUCAAUAAUCUUAAAGUAAUGGCAAUCAGUCAUUUACUUAUAAUAUAAAUGUAUGAAAAUGUGUUAAAAUAAAUUGUGAUUUUUUUGUGAAUUUGUUUACAUUAGUGACGUAGCAGACCUAGAUUUAUAAUCAGGGCUCUCAACAGUCUCACAAAAAAAAAAACGUCGUAUAGUUCAAGAUAUAUAUUUUAUUAUUCAAUUCGAUUUAUGUGUUAAUAAUCAAAGUCAAAGCAAUUACUCAAAAAGAAACACUCUUUUUAAGCAAUAAUUGUCAAUCCCUUUUUAUGACCAUGCACAGUGUGGUUGUAUUUAUUCUUUAAUUUUUUUAAUUAUUAUCAGAUAAAUGAACUGCACAUAUUGAUUAACUGAAAUAAUAUACAAAUCAUGGUUUUGAUAUCUGGGGCCUUAAAAUUUUCCCUACAGAAUCUUGUUACGUCACUGAUAUUAGAAAAAGGAAUGUGAUACUGCGAAAUUAAUUUACAUUGGUCGCAUUUAUUGUUUAAAAUGCACGAUUUACUUAUAUAUACUACAUGUUAAUUAAUUUACUUACAAUAUUAUGUUAUACAGUUUUAUUUCCUAUUGAAUUAUUAUAGUUAGCUCGUUAGCUGCGGCUGUUGGACGUCCCCGAGACGAAGCGAUUUGUUGCGGAGAGUCGAAGAGGACAAUUGACGCCGUUGAGUAUUGUUGAAAUAAAUGAUGAAAACACA